GGUCUCCAUCUAGAGGACAUAAAGAAAAUAGGACAGGGUGUGUCCUCGCUGUACAUAUAAAAGACAGUGAGGUUCAUUAUCAAAACCACCUGUACCUUGUUGUCUAGUUGUUCUUAUCUCUGUGGUGCCUUCAGGUUCCACCAGAACGUCCUGGAGAAACAGACCCUGUUGAACAGUCAAAGGUUUCAGUGUUUUUCUGUCCAUCAUGUUUAAGUACCAGCUGCAGGUGACCACGGGCCAACAGUCGUUCGGAGGAACCUACGAUUACGUUUUUCUCACUUUAAUUGGAAAGGAGGGAGAGAGUGAGCGGACGGAGCUGAAAACCUGCUUCGGCUUCAGAGCUGGGACCACAGAAGAUUUCACCGUUAAAACGACUUCAUCUCUGGGCGAACUUCUGCUCAUCAGAGUGGAGAAGGAUCCGUUCCUGGUUUUCCCAGAAGACGAGUGGUACUGUUCCACUAUAGUGGUGAGGACGGAGGGGGGAGAGGUCCUCGUCUUCCCCUGUUACAGGUGGAUCUGCAGGGGGGACAAGGUGGAACUGAGAGGAGGAAGAGCCUUGAAGGUUUCUGAAGAAGACCACGAUCUGUUGACGGAGCAUCGGCAAAAAGAGCUGACGUUCAGGAAGAGCCUGUACCAAUGGGACGUCCUGGUUGAAGGACUGCCCCACAGAGGCAGGUUCGAUGAAGUUUCCCAACUCCCAACUGAAGUCCACCUUUCUGCAGCCAAGGCCAAUGAACUGUCUCACGAGAGAUUCCUGGUGGCCAUGGAACUCAAGUUAAAGGGAAUAAUUGGCUCCAAGGAAUCCUGGGAGAGCAUCGAUGACAUGGCAAACAUCUACUGGACAAACCGGACGCCGAUGUCUGGUAUUUCUUUACAAAUUAAAUUAUUAAUUUUUAUUUCAUCAAUGCUCCAAAGAAAUGUGGUUAUCUGGUGUCCUCCUGUGAACUCUACACUGAACAGGUCUUUCUGGUUCAUGUACAACGAGAUUUUAAAGCUUCCCUUUGGGUGCACGCAGUGGAACAAACUGAAGCCAAUAGCAAUACAGCUGCAGCAGAAACCUUCUGAGCAGAAUCCCAUCUUUCUUCCGAGUGACGAGGAGACCGACUGGCUGCUCGCAAAGAUGUUCCUCAGAAACACAGAAUUCAUGGUUCAUGAAUCCACUCAUCACCUCCUGUUCACCCACCUGCUGGCUGAGGUCUUUAUUAUUGCCACUUUUCGGAACCUCCCUGAGAUCCAUCCAGUCCACAAGCUCCUGAUUUCACACUUUCAAGACACUAUGGUCUUAAACGUAGGAGGCCGUAAGAGUCUCCUGGAACCUGGGGGAGCUCUAGCCCUGUGCUCGCUGGGAUUCGACGGGCUGAUGGAGCUCAUGAGGAACCACUUUGGAUGGGGAUGGAUGGAUGGAUGGAUGGAUGGGUGGAUCAACUUCAACUUUUUCUUUUUUUUCUUUUUUAAUAGAUUUGUGAGAGCGGUGGUCGAGCACUAUUAUCCAACAGACAGUGAGGUCUGUGCAGACACUGAGCUUCAGGACUGGAUCAACGACAUAUUCACACAUGGCUUUCUGGGAAACAAAGCCUCAGGAAUACCAGACCGCUUCAGUACUCCAGAGGAAGUCACCAGAUUCAUCACCAUGGCGAUCUUCACCACCACAGCCCAGCACGCCGCCGUCAACAGUGGACAGUUCGACUACAGCUUCUUCUUACCCAAUGCACCACCCCUGAUGCGCAAACCUCCUCCAACCACUAAGGGGCAGUCAAACAUGAAGAUGAUUCUGGAGACCCUUCCAAACCGUGGUGAUACCGCCAAAUCUGUGAUGAUGUUGUGGGUCCUUUCACAGAGAUACUCAACCUUUGUUCCACUGGGUCAUUACCCUGAACGAUUCAGCGAGCCUGCAGUCAAAAAGAUGAUUGAGCAGUUUCAGGCAGAGCUGUCUGACAUCAGUGAAGCCAUAAGUGCAAGGAACUCAGGACUGGACAGGCCCUACACAUACCUGGACCCUGCACAUAUAGAGAACAGCAUUGCCACUUAAGGCAGAAGAGAUCACUGAUAAUCAGGGCUGUCCGAUAUUUGCAUAAUUAUGUAAUCUCUGUAAAAAUGGUUACUGGUUUUACCUCCGAUGUUGAAAACACAAUAACGCAAUGCCUGCAUUUUGGGAAAUGAUGUUUGCUCUAAAAACAGUUCAAUGUUUCUUUGGUUAAAGGUUCCUCAGUGCUCUGAAGAACCUUUAGUGAAACACAAUUGCAGUAAUUCCUUCUAAACUUAUUGCUCUGAACCCAGCUUCUCCAAAAAUGCCUCCUCCUCCUCUCACCCCUCCUCACACCUCCCCCAUAUUAAUAACUGUUAUUAUCAACAAUAAACAAGUCUCCAGUCGCUAGGUCAUAACACGCAGCAGAGUCAUCAGGUUCUGCAACAUGAUAAGACAGGUGACAGAAGACAUUUGAAGAAUGAACUACUCUUGAUAUGAACCUGUCUGAACUGGUUUGUUUGGCAUUAUUAAUGGGGAGCUGUGGCACAGAAAACUCCAUGAUUCUUAAUUACUGUCUGUCAGACGUCAACACCAUCAAGACCUGUUUGUUUUUUACACUCUAAAAGUACCGUCAAGUCAACACAUCUUUGU